AAAGGAAUUUUUUGAGGAACUGAAAGCAGCGAAGGGCAGUUGAGGGGAAAAGGGAGGAGCGCCGAGCAGACACCAAGGUUACGCAUGAGAAAUCCGAGGCGGAAUUAAAGAAAGCACAGAGAGGCAGAGAAGGGACAGAACAGGUAGAGUCGGUUGGCUCUCAAUCUUGCCUCAUGGCUAAUUACCACACUCAAGGAAAGCAAACAGAAACUAAAGUGAGAAAACAGCAAACAGAAAAGGGCAGUUGAAGGCAGGAGACGAGAAAGCAGAAGUAACAAGAAAAGGAGAGAGAGACGGCAGUUUAUAAAGUCGGGUCCGGGAGAUUAAUUGAGGAAGAGAAACAAAACAUUAGGCUGUAAGGAGUGAGCAAGGGAGGGAAUAAGUAAGAAAACAGCAGAUACUCAUUGACAGAGAGCACUGGACUAAUCUCAAUGGAUUACUGACAUCAGCAAAACAAAGGAAGAAGAGCGUCAGAAAAGAGGUCACUCUGGUCCAGCGGCAGUGUAUAGCUUGCCUGAGCCUGUCUACUAUGCAAGACAGCUGAGACAGACACAGUUCACACAGACAGUCCUCUCUGUAACAGCACCAUGUUGAUGAAAGAGUACCGCAUAUGUAUGCCACUGACUGUGGAUGAGUACAGGAUUGGUCAGCUGUACAUGAUCAGUAAGCACAGCUGUGAGCAGAGUGGUGGUGGAGAAGGGGUGGAGGUGGUGAGGAAUGAGGCAGAUACGCACCCCCAGCAUGGCCCGGGACAGCUAACAGAGAAGCGAAUCUACCUUAGCAGCAAACUGCCGUCCUGGGUGAGCGCAUUCGUCCCGCGGUUCUUCUAUGUGACAGAAAAGGCCUGGAACUUCUACCCGUACACCAUCACAGAGUACUCAGUAUCAUUCCUCCCCAAGUUCAGCAUCCGCAUUGAGACGAGAUUCGAGAACAACAACGGCGAUAACAGCAAUGUGUUCGGGGACACGCCGACUCCAGCAGAGGAUGUGAGUUUCCUGGAUAUCCUGAGUGACCCCAUCCCUGAAAAGCACUACAAAGAGUCAGAGGACCCGAGUCGCUGGCAGUCAAGUAAAACUGGCCGAGGGCCUCUGGAGGAAGGCUGGAGAGACGACCACAAGCCUAUUAUGUGCUCCUAUAAGAGGGUGCAGUGCAGCUUCGAGGUGUACGGCUUCCAGACCAGGACGGAGGAUUUCGUACACAGAAACAUCCGAGACAUUCUUCUGGUUGGCCACAGGCAAGCCGUAACGUGGAUAGACGAAUGGCACGGGCUGAGUUUGGAGGAGGUGAGAGAGUACGAGCUAGCGAUGCAAGAGAAGACCAACAGCAAAGUCAAAUCCAGCCAGAACAACACAGGCCCACCGGCUGCCUCUCGUCCUGUGUUCUCUCGCUCCAUCUCAGUGACAGAUGAACGUUCCCUCAAGAAGAUGGGAGUGACGACUGCGGCCAUGUCUGACCCCCCUGCCUCCUCUGUGCCUCACAGUUCCAUUCGCCUCAACUCAACCCCUGAAUGAUGCCUCUCAUACAGACGCACGCUCACACAUUUACUGUACAGCGCAUACACACAGAAAACAAUGUUCCAAAAUAUAAUGCUAAAGCGAGCAGCUGGUUAGCUUAGCUUAGCAUAAAGACUGGGAACAGGGGGAAACUGCUAGCCUGUCCAAAGGUCACAAAAUCUGCUUACCAGCACUUCUAAAGAUCACUUAUUAACAUCCUGUUUGUUUAAUCCGUACAAAAACCAAAGUAUGAAAAUGACAUGUGUUAGUAUAUAACUGUAAAACACUAAAUACGUACGAUAUAAGUACGAUAUAACAUUAGAGCUGCAAUGAUUAAUCGAUAAGUUCUCAAAUAUUAAAUUAUUCGGCAACUAUUUGGAUAAUCAAUUAAUCAGUUUGAGUAAUUAAAAAAAAAAA